UGUUUAUGUUUGACGGAUUUGUUUAUAAAAUGUACCGCUUGUAUUUCAGUUCGGCGGUAAUUGAACGAAAUUAUAUCGUUUAAUCGAAAGUAUUAAUCUCUUAUCUAUGGCUCAAUAUACAUUUUCCGUUUAUUAAAAUAUGUAUAAAGUGAUGUCUCUAAAACAGAACUCUAUGAAGUUUUUCAUUAACUGUUGUUUUUGGAUUAUAUUGCUUCAGUUACUACCAAAUGUAGAAGGACAAGUGUGCAAUGUGGGCCAUUUCAAAUGCGACAAGAGCAACCUGUGCAUUCCUUUAGGUUGGCUGUGCGAUGGCGAAAUCGACUGCUCGACGUCGAAAAUCAACGAUACCUCUGAUGAAGAUUUGUAUCGAUGUCAUAAAGAUCAUCUCUGUCCGAAAAAUUACUUCAGAUGCAACGAUGGAAUAACAUGUAGGAAAAUUUCCAAACUCUGUGAUGGAACUAAUGAUUGUCCAGAUUUUUCUGACGAAGGACCUUUUUGUCGUAAUAAAGCUAUGUGUUCUGAACUUAACUGCACUUAUGGUUGCAAACCCAGUCCGAAAGGUCCUACUUGUUUCUGUGGAGAAGGAAAAGAACCCAAUGGCAGUGCUUGUGUUGUUAUACAAGAAAAUAAGUGUGAAAGUGAAGACUUAUGUGAUCAAAUCUGUAGUAGAAAAGGUACAUCUUAUGAAUGUCUUUGUGUUGAGGGCUAUAAGGCCAAAGGGCGUAAAUGCAUUGGCAUCAAUGUUCCAUAUAAAGCACCUCCGACUUUGAUUUUCACCAAUUCUGCUAAUCUACAGCACAUAUAUUUGAAUGGCUCUCUUGUACGUAACAACACUGCAAUCAAAGUACCUGAAAAGUCACCAAUAGAUUUUGAUCAUAGAAAUGAAACGAUAUGUUGGGCUGUGAAUGGUGGGAACUCUUCUGGAUUGGAAUGCUGCAAUGCUUUUAAUUUCUCUAUCCAAUGGAAAUUAACAUUACCUCAGUUAUAUGCUCAGUCAACCUUAAGUCAAAUAGCAUAUGAUUGGGUCUCAGGAAAUUGGUAUUUUCUGGAUGUGGAGAGAGAGAUGUUGUUUGUUUGUCAGCAUUAUUUGACUCUUUGUGUCACCCUCAUUGAUAUAUCAUUCAGUGAGCCUAAAGAUCUGGCUUUGGAUCCCACCAAAGGGCUAAUGUUUUUCACUGUAUGGGGUUUCCACUCAUCACCUGCAUUGGAGAGAGCACAGUUGGAUGGAUCUGACAGAACAAAAUUGGUUGCAGAAAAAAUUGUUAAGCCUAAUGGCAUAGCUGUAGACAUCCCUACCGAGAGUGUCUAUUGGAUUGACUUUUAUUUGGGUACAAUAGAAAAGAUAAAAUAUGAUGGAACUGGCAGAAAAACACUUCUCAGAAACAAACAGAUGAAAAGUUUGAAUUUCAUAUCCAAUAACCUUAUUAGAAUAUCUACAUUUGAAGACUAUAUGUAUGUUACAAAUGUGGAUGGCAGCAAUAUAUUGGCCAUUCCUAAGCACAAUGUUUCUUCUUCAAAAUCUAUAAAAUCUAAUAAAACACACCCUUAUUCAAUUCGUGUGUAUCACAGGCAAAAACAACCAGAUGUUAAUCAUUCAUGUACAGUUGAAAAUGGCCAGUGUGAACAGAUAUGUAUCCCUCUUUUUAAGCAGGGAGUUCCUAUCCCAAAGUGUCGAUGCCAGUCAGGUUUUAAGCUUGCCAAAAGUUUCUCACAAGGAAAGAAAUGCAUUCCUGCCAAGCAAGGUCAGUUUCUUCUGUAUGGUCGAGGUCAUCCAGGAGCAAUCAAGGGCAUUUCUAUAGAACCAAGUGGAAAGCAGGAAGAUGUCAUGGCACCAAUUCUGGGUCUUGGGAAACCAAUUGCUAUGGAUUAUGAUGCUCAUAGUCAAUUUGUCUAUUACACUGAUGCACAGAAAUUUCUGAUUGGACGACAAAAAGUUGAUGGCACACAGAAAGAAGUGUAUUUAGAAAAAGGAUUAAAUAACUGUGAAGGAUUAGCUGUUGAUUGGAUGGGUAGAAAUCUAUAUUGGAGUGAUGAAGGAUUGCUGUCUAUAUUUGUUGCUAGGUUGGAUGAUUCAACAAUAAAGAAGAGAAUAGUUCAUGAGAACAUGUCCCAUCCCAAAGCUAUUGUAUUAGAUCCCAAAAGAGGAAUGAUGUAUUGGUCUGACUGGUCCAAUGAAAUGCAGACUUCUGGUGCAUUAUUGCCUGCCAUUGGGGGAAAAAUUAAAAGUGCAUAUAUGGAUGGAAGCAACAUCAAAGAUUUUUUAAGUGAAGACUUACAGUGGCCUAAUGGACUGAGUAUUGAUUAUGUCGAAAAGAAAUUGUACUUCUGUGAUGCAUAUCUUCAUCGUUUGGAACGAAUAGCAUUAGAUGGAUCAAAUCGAGAAGUUUUAUAUGAAGAUAUAAACAAGGAUCCCUACAAACAUCGUGGCUAUCCUUAUGGUUUAGCUCACUUAGAUGACUUUGUAUUCUGGUCUGAAUAUCAGCAUGGGCUCAUUCAGCGAUUAAAUUUGAAAAACAAAACAGUCACUACUAUAAUCAAAGAAAAUCCCCCAUUGUUUCAGAUCAAAAUCUUUGACAUUGCUACACAAACAGGUAUAAAUGAAUGUAGUGCUAAUAAUGGAGGAUGUUCCCAAUUAUGCCUUGCAACCCCCGAAGGACAUGUUUGUGCUUGCAGAGAUGCUUAUUCUUUAAGUAGUGAUGGCAUCACUUGCACUGGUUCAACAAAUUACACUGAGCCUAGCCGAUGCAAAGAAGGAGAGUUUGAGUGUGUGAAAAAUCUGCGUUGCAUUGAUGUACGAUACCUGUGUGAUGGAGACAAUGAUUGUGGGGAUGGUUCAGAUGAAGACUCCUCUACAGGUGGAAAAUGUGAAGAAUUCCAUUGUCGUGUGGAUCAGUUUCAAUGUGAUCACAAUCGUUGUAUUUCCAUCCACUGGGUAUGUGAUGGAGAAAAGGACUGUAAAGAUGGUUCAGAUGAAGAGCCCACUACCAAAUGCAGAAAUUAUACUUGCAGUCAUAAUAUGUUCACUUGCAAGGAAAGUGGCCGAUGCAUUCCAAAUAGUUGGACUUGUGACUCGGAUCUAGAUUGUGGAAAUGAUGAUGUAUCGGAUGAACAUGAAGAUUGCGAAUAUCCUGUGUGCAAAGAAGAAGAAUUUCGUUGUGAAAAUAGAAGGUGCGUUCCUCUAGAGUAUGUCUGUGAUGGUGACGAUGACUGUCGGGAUGGAUCUGAUGAGCAAUCCUGCAAGCAGAAAUGUGAUGGGCCUUAUGAAUUUUCUUGUGAUGGCGGUACACUCUGUUUAACUGAAGAUCAGAAGUGUAAUGGUUGGAUAGAUUGCAAAGAUGAGACAGAUGAACAAGGCUGUGAAUCAACUAUGAAGAAGACCAUCUGUCCAAAGGAUAAAUUUUUAUGCUCUGAUGGAACUUGCAUUCCCAGUACUUGGAAAUGUAACAUGAGAUAUGACUGUGUUGACAGAAGUGAUGAAAUGAAUUGCACUAAUGUAACCUGUGCUGAUAAUGAACAUUUAUGUGCUUCUAAAGAUCAGUGCAUAUUAAAUACCUUUGUAUGCGAUGGUCAUCCAGAUUGUGAAGAUAAAUCUGAUGAAAAGGAUUGUAAAGAACGCAUCAACACCUGCAUUUUUCCAAGUCAUUUGUGCGACAAUAAAACUCGAUGCAUCAAUGUCACCCAAUUUUGUGAUGGUACCAAUGAUUGCAGUGAUGGAUCUGAUGAAGGAGGCAUGUGUGAAUAUGAGCAAUGCUUCAUGAGUCGAUGUAUGUACUUAUGUCAAACUACUCCAACUGGCCACAUUUGCUACUGUCCUCCAGGUCUCUCACCUACCUUGGAUGGAAAUUCUUGCACAGAAAUUCCUGCUUGUGAACAGUGGGGCAUCUGCAGUCAAAAUUGCAUUCAGCUGAAACAUGGUCAUAAGUGUGCAUGUGAACCUGGGUAUUAUCUAGAGCCUGAUUAUUAUACGUGCAAAAGUAAUGAUUCUACAGAACCUUACAUCAUUUUCUCCAAUCGUCAUGAACUGCGGAGUGUCGAUUUGAAGACGAUGGCUGUGAAGCCAUUGAUCUCUGGAUUGCAAAACACUGUGGCUGUUGCUUUUUAUCAUUCUGAAAAGGGAGAUUUGAUCUUCUGGACCGAUGUUGUGGAAGAUAAGAUAUACAGAGGAUACAUCAUAUCUGGAUCCUUGACCAAUAUAGAAGUAGUGGUACAGACAGGACUAGCUACAGCUGAAGGUUUAGCAGUCGAUUGGAUAGGUGAGAAUCUGUAUUGGGUGGAAAGUAAUCUAGAUCAGAUUGAAGUGGCUAAAUUAAGUGGACAGCACAGGAGGACAUUGAUUGCUAGCAAUAUGGAAAAUCCCAGAGCUAUUGCUUUAGACCCACGUUUUGGCAUGUUGUUUUGGACUGACUGGGACACAUCCUCACCUCGCAUCGAGAGAGCUUCCAUGAGUGGUGAAGGGCGUUCUAUUAUCUGUCGGGUAGAUGACAUCACAGAUGGUGGUUGGCCAAAUGGAUUAACCCUUGAUUAUGUUGCAAAGAGAAUUUAUUGGAUUGAUGCUAGAUCGGAUUCUAUUCAUACUAUCACUUAUGAAGGCAAGGAUCAUAGGGAGGUUCUUCAACAUCAUGAGAGUCUAUCGCAUCCUUUCAGCAUUGCUUUAUUUGGAAAUUAUGUUUAUUGGACUGAUUGGAGAACAAAUUCUGUUUUAAGGGCAAAUAAAUGGAAUGGUACCAAUGUUCAAGUUGUACAAAGAGCUAUAACGCAGCCUUUUGAUAUUAUUGUCUACCACCCUAGCAGACAGCCUAAAGGGACUCAACCAAAUCCUUGUAAAGAAAAUAAUGGUGGAUGCUCACAUCUUUGUCUUUUGAAUUUCAACAAUACUCGCACAUGUGAUUGCCCUCAUCUUAUGAGUCUGGCUGCUGAUAAAAAGACCUGUUACAAAAAUGAAAAAGUAUUGUUAUUCACUCGUCAAAAUGAAAUUCGAGGUGUUGAAUUGACUAUGCCUUACUAUAAUAUGAUUCCACCAAUAAGUCUACCAAAGGUGAUGAAAGUACAUCAAAUUGACUUUGUCGCUUCUCGUCAUCAAAUAUUUUGGUCUGAUUCUGAUCUAAGUGAAGUGAAAAGAGCUAAUUUAUCUGCUUCUACUGUUGAAACUCUAAUUGAUACAGUUCUGGAAAGUCCAGAUGGUUUUGCUGUUGAUUGGGCUUCAGGAAAUUUGUUUGUGAGUUCUUCUUCUGCAGAAACUUCUGGCCGCAUUAUUGCCAGUAAUCUAGAUGGAGAAUUUAUUGUCAAUAUCAUAACAGAAGAUUUGCACAAUCCUCGUUCACUUGCUGUGGAUCCAUUUGAAGGUCUUCUUUUUUGGUCUGAUCAUGGUAGUGUGAAUGUUGAUCCAGUAAUUGAAAUGUCCAGAAUGGAUGGCAGUAACCGGGAAAUACUUCUUACUGGAUCUUUUGAAAACAAGAUUACUUUGGCUAUGAGCUUAACUAUUGAUUAUGCAUCACCAUCUAACUAUCUAUAUUAUGUUGAUACGGGACUUAAUGUUAUUCGAAAGAUGAAUUUAGGGACUAGAGAAGUUGAAAAUAUUCCUAUCAAAGCAGAAGAUUUACAGAAGCCUUCUGCUUUAACUGUUUAUUAUGAUACCCUCAUCUACGCUACCUCAGGAGACAGUUGUGUGCAUUCUGUUGAUAAAAUAACUGGGCAAAACCAUACCAUUUUACGUGAAGCUACUGAAGGUGUCUUUGGACUUAAAGUGUAUGAUGAGAAGCUGCAAAAUAGAACAAAUGUAUGCUCUCUAAACAAUGGAAAUUGUUCCCAUCUGUGUCUACCAAUAUCCUCUUCUGAACGUGUUUGUAAAUGCACACUUGGCUUCCACAAGGAUCCUCACAAUGAUACCAAUUGCAUUGGUACCACAAGUUUUGUUUUAUAUUCUUCAAAUUGGGGAGUCCAUGGACUUGCACUGGAUAGGAAUUUAGCAGAUGUUCCGGUUCUUGCACCAAUAUCUAGAAUUUCUAUGGCAUCCUCCCUUGAUUUCUAUGAUGCUGAAGAAUAUAUUUAUUGGACCGAUAGUGAUGUUGGAACUAUUACUAGAGUGAAGAGAGAUAUGACUAAUCGACAAGUAGUUAUAAAGGGUUUGGAAUCUAUUGAGGGUUUCAGCAUUGAUUGGAUUGCAGGAAAUAUGUAUUGGAUUGAUGGCUCUUUUGGUUGUAUUGAAGUGGCUCAUUUGAAUGGAAGUAACAGAUAUGUUGUGGUGUCUGGAAAAAUGUCAAAACCAAAGAACCUGGUUGUCCAUCCAUAUAGAGGUUUAAUGUUCUGGUGUGAUUGGGAAGUCCCUCCAAAGAUUGAAGUAGCUGCCCUGGAUGGAAGUCAGAGACGAGAUUUCCUCAAUACUUCUUUACAAUUAAUCCAGGAUUUGGCCAUAGACUUUGAGGCAGAUAUGCUGUACUGGACAGAUGCUCGAACACACACUAUUGAACGCAUCCAUUUAGAUGGUACUGGUCGUGAGGUUGUUGCUGGAUCAUCAGUUGUUGAAAAGCCGGUUUCUAUUGCCAUUUAUGGCAACAGCAUCUACUGGACAGAUAUACAAGCGGGUGGAGCUAUUUUCAGAAUGGAUAAAAACAGUGAUACUAACAUUGAAAUGGUUCGUCAGCAUCUGGAAGACUCUUUGAAAGACAUUGUAAUUUAUCAUCCAAGAAAUGUAUCUGGUGAAAAUCCUUGUGUACGCAAAUGCAGUCAAGGUCGCUGUGAAGAUGAAGGUCUCUGUGGCUCUAAUCUCUGCCUCUACAAGGGAAACUCUUCUUACACUUGUGCUUGUUCUCAUGGACAAUUGGCUGAAGAUGGACAUUCUUGCAAACCUUAUGAUGCCUUCAUCGUGUUUUCUCGUGUUCUUAAGAUUGAGAGUAUUCAUAUGUUCGAUGAGAACAAUCCCAAUGCUCCUUAUCCCAGUAUCAGUAAUAAAAUCCAUAUGAGGAAUGUAAUAGGUCUUGCUGCUGACUAUAUUGGAAAGCGUAUCUUCUUUUCUGAUAUUCAGAGAGGAACUAUCAACAGUGUCUUCUUCAAUGGAACCAGUCCUACAGUCAUUGUGGAAAAACAAGGCUCUGUUGAAGGGCUGGCUUAUGACCCCAUACACAAAGACCUUUACUGGACAAGUCAUAGUAACAGCUCUUUGAGCCGUAUUAGUCUCACAUCUUUCAAUGCCUCUCCAGAAGUCAUCAUUCAGUUAGGUGUGGAGGACAAACCUAGAGGAAUUGAUGUUGAUAGCUGUGCAUCGCGCAUCUAUUGGACAAAUUGGAAUACUCGCAACCCAAGUAUCCAGCGAGCAUUUUUAAGUGGUUUUGAUCUGCAGUCCAUCAUAGAAACUAAUAUUCGUAUGCCAAAUGCUUUAGCUUUGGAUCAUAAAGCACAGAAGCUUUAUUGGUCUGAUGCAAGAUUGGAUAAGGUGGAACGUUGCAAUUUGGAUGGAACAGAACGCUAUGUGUUACUGAAUGAGCAUCCUCAGCAUCCAUUUGAUUUAGCUGUAUAUGGUGAUUUUAUUUUCUGGACUGACUGGGUUUCUCAUGCUGUGAUGAGAGCUGACAAAUAUACUGGCUACAAUGUGGUAACCUUGAGGAAGAACAUUGCCCGUCCUAUGGGAAUAGUUGCGAUUGCCAAUGACACAGACUGUACCAUGAACCCAUGCCAUAUAUUGAAUGGAGGCUGUGAAGAUCAGUGUAAUGUGGCUGUUGAUGGUCGAGUCAUCUGUACUUGCUUCUUAGGUAGAACUUUGCUUCCUGAUGGUCAGCGUUGCGUUGGAAAAGAAGCCAACUGUACUGAUGAAGAGUUUGAUUGUGGCAAUGGAAUGUGCAUUCCAUUUGAACUUACUUGUGAUGGAGUGUCAGCUUGUCAGAAUAGUACAGAUGAAGAUGAGGUGUAUUGCAAGAGUCGCAGUUGUCCUUCGCACUUUUUCCAUUGUUCCAAUGGACGCUGCAUACCUAAAAGCCGUGCAUGUGAUGGGCAAAAUAAUUGUGGUGAUUACAGUGAUGAGAUUAUGUGCAGUUGUGCGGCUGAUCAGUUUAGAUGCCACUUUGGAGGACCCUGCAUCAGCCAGUCAUAUCGCUGUGAUAAUGAUCCAGAUUGUCACGAUGCCAGUGAUGAAAUGAAUUGUCCUCAGCCUGAUUGCUCUCUUCAUCCUCUGUUUUGGGAUCCUUUACAAAAGCUCAUCAACUGUGCUCACACUACUGCAUGCAUCCAUCCAGCUUGGAUUUGCGAUGGUCAGAAUGAUUGCUGGGAUAUGUCAGAUGAAAAAGAUUGUGAAACGAAGACACCAGAAACUUCUUGUCCUUCUAAUUCCUUCCGUUGUGAAGGUGGAGAAUUAUGUAUUCCAGAAACAUGGAGGUGUGACAGAGAUGAUGAUUGUAAUGAUGGCGCUAAUGGGACUGUCAGUUCUGAUGAAAGAGAUUGUAAAUAUGGUUGCCAUUCUGACCAGUUUCAAUGUGAUAAUCAGGAUUGUAUUCCUGCUGUGUGGAGAUGUGAUGGUCAUCCUGACUGUUUAGAUAAAUCAGAUGAAACACAUCAAUGCAGUACCCGACAAUGUGAAAACCACGAAUUCCGCUGCAAUAAUACAGGGCAGUGCAUUCCUCUUAAUUGGCUGUGUGAUGGAGAAAAUGAUUGUGGAGACAAAGAGGCUUCUGAUGAGCAUCCGGAGAGAGGUUGUGGUUUUAUUUCAUUCAUAGUGGAAAAUAUUUGCAAACCCAAUGAGUUUCAGUGUCUCAAUUUUGUUUGUAUUGGUAAAAACUUUUAUUGUGAUGGUGACAAUGACUGUGGGGAUAACUCUGAUGAACCAUCUCUGUGCCCCAAUCGUGUGUGCAAAGAUGAUGAAUUUGAAUGUGCCAAUAAACGAUGUGUUCUGAAGACUUUGGUCUGUAAUAAAGAAAACAACUGUGGAGAUGACAGUGAUGAAGAUAUAGAAAUAUGUAGCAAUAGUACUAAUAUAACUACAUGCUCUGAGCAUGAAUUCAAAUGUGGAAAUGAUAACUGUGUAUCUAUGGAAGUCUUAUGUGAUGGUGAAAAUAAUUGUGGGGAUUAUUCAGAUGAAAAUAAAUGCAAUAUAAAUGAAUGUGAAUCAGAAUUCACUUGUGCUCAUAAUUGUAUUGAUUUGGCUAUUGGAUACAUGUGUGUUUGUCAUGCAGGAUAUAGACCAGUGAAUAAUGGUCAAAUAUGUGAAGACAUUGACGAAUGUGCUGAAGAGCAUCCUUGCAGUCAACAUUGCCGGAACACUCAAGGUUCUUACAAAUGUUUUUGUGAAGUUGGCUAUCUUUCUACAGAUGGUGGAAUUACUUGCAAAGCAAAUAGUUCUGUGAAACCAAUGUUGAUUUUCUCUAAUCGGUACUAUAUUCGACAAAUUGAUUUGCAUGGACAUGAUACAGAGCUCUUGGCACGCAAUUUAACUAAUUCAGUUGCACUUGAUUUUGAUUGGAUGGAAAACUGCCUUUACUGGUCUGAUGUUACAGCUCUUGGAAGUAGUAUUAAAAGGAUGUGCUUGAGCACUCCAGGCCAUCAGCUAUUACAUGCUGGCUCUGUCCAAAGUCCUGAUGGUCUUGCUGUGGAUUGGAUUGGACGUAACUUGUACUGGUGUGAUAAAGGCAAAGAUACAAUUGAGGUCUCUACUCUGGAUGGCAGAUUCAGAAAAGUCCUCAUCAGAAAAGGAUUACAAGAACCUAGAGCUAUUGUCUUAGAUCCUUUCCGAGGAUAUAUGUAUUGGACUGAUUGGGGAGAUAAAGCAUACAUUGGGAAGGCAGGAAUGGAUGGCACACAAUUCACCAAAUUGAUCAAUGAAUCUUUGGGAUGGCCGAAUGCCCUCACCAUAGAUUAUGUGACCAGGGAAAUCUUUUGGGCUGAUGCCAAAGAAGACUACAUUGCUGUGGCUGACCUUGAUGGACUUAACAGGAGAACUGUCAUCAAGAAAGGUCAAUUUGAUGCAGUUCAUCACAUUUUUGCUCUGACAGUCUUUGAAGACCAGUUGUACUGGACUGAUUGGGUCACAAAAAGUAUUGAACGAUGUCACAAAUAUCACUGUGUGAAUUAUACUACUAUUGCCACAACAACUCAUCGACCAAUGGACAUCCAAGUCUUCCAUCCUUUCCGUCAAACACCAUUGAAGACCUCGAAUCCCUGCACCAGUGCUGGUUGUACCACCUUGUGUCUUCUGAAACCAGGUGGUGGUGCAUUAUGUGCUUGUCCAGAGAACUAUGUCUUAGAAGAUGAUAACAAAUCUUGUCGUAAUAAUUGCACAAGCUCGCAGUUUGUGUGCACAGCCACUUAUAAGUGUAUCCCCAGCUGGUGGUACUGUGAUACUCAGGAUGAUUGUGGGGAUCGCUCAGAUGAACCUGAUGACUGCCCAUCAUUCCAUUGCAGUCCUGGUCAGUUCCAAUGUGCUAACAAUAACUGUAUUCAACCUAACCAGAUAUGUGAUAGAGUCAGUCAGUGUAGAGACAUGUCUGAUGAAAAAGACUGUGACAAACAUACAUGCUUGCUGAGCCAGUUCAAAUGCCCUAGGAAUGGAACGACCCAAGCCUACUGCAUCAGCCUUGCCAGUUAUUGUGAUGGAACUGUUGACUGUGUAGGAGGCGAAGACGAAAUCAAUUGCACUCCUCGCACUUGCAUGCCCAACCAGUUCCACUGUUCUAACUCCAAAUGCAUUCCUGCUGUGUGGCAGUGUGAUGGAGAUGAUGACUGUGGAGAUAAUUCUGAUGAACCAGAAAGUUGUGCUGAAAGGGAAUGCCCAGCCAAUUAUUUCCGUUGCAACUCUGGUCGCUGCAUACCUUUCUCUUGGAAGUGUGAUGGUGACAAUGAUUGCAAUGAUAAAGAAGAUGAACCAGAUUGGUGUGAUGACACAACCACCUGCCACCCUUCUUAUUUCAAGUGCAACAAUAAUCGAUGUAUUCCAGAACGGUGGCGGUGUGACUAUGAUGAUGAUUGUGGAGAUCUAUCAGACGAAGAAAACUGUGUUCUGCGAAAUUGUUCUGAAAGUGAAUUUCGAUGUGACAAUGGUAAAUGCAUUAGUUCUUCUUGGCGCUGUAAUGGAGAAGCCAAUUGUGAUGAUGAAAGUGAUGAAGCAAAUUGCACAAUAACAUGCAAAGCCAAUGAAUUCUUAUGCAAAUCCACUAACUUCUGCAUUAUGCAAGCCUGGCAUUGUGAUGGAGAUACUGAUUGUGCUGAUGGUUCAGAUGAAGAAGGAUGUGAUAAUGUUGUUGCUGGUCUAACUUGUCAGAGGGGUCAGUUUACUUGCCAAAAUGGAGCAGAUUGUAUAUCACCUGUUUGGCUGUGUGAUGGUGAUAAAGACUGCAGUGAUGGUUCUGAUGAAGAUCCUGUUCUUUGCAGAGCACUUGCUUGUCCACCCGGGAGGUUCCGUUGUAAGAAUUAUGUAUGCAUUCCACAGGACAAAGUUUGUGAUGGCAAAGAUGAUUGCAGUGACAAAUCAGAUGAACAGUUAUCUCUUUGUCAACAUGAGAAUCAUUGCCAAGCACAUGAGUUCCAGUGUGAAAGUGGGCAUUGCAUCAACGCAACUUUCCGUUGUGAUCAUUUCGAAGAUUGUGCAGAUAAUUCUGAUGAAGUAGAUUGUGACUAUGGUCCUUGCAGUUUUGGGGCUUGUUCGCAGUUAUGUGUAGCCAAGAAAAAAGAUGCUUACCAUUGCAGCUGUGUAUCUGGAUAUCAUCCUGUACCAGGAGAAAAGGGAUCCUGCCAUGCUGAAGGAGAUGAAGCUGUGAUAUUUUUAGCAAGUGAGAAUGAAUUGAGACAGAUCAAUCCAUAUAAGCCAAUGGCACAAGAUUUAAAUGAUGUUCUGGAUCCAGAAAUCAACGAAAAUCGCAUUGACUCUAUUGAUAUCUUAUAUAGAGACAAUGAAGUCAUACUGUUUUGGGUGAGCAUCCAUGACAAAGCCAUUUAUAGGUACCGAUACAAUCGGCUGAAAGGAAAUAACUCUGUUAGCCACAGGGUGAAGAGAGAAGACAGUCCAGUGUUGGUUGUGGAUGAUUUAGUGGAACCAAAGAGCAUUGCAGUUGAUUGGGUGAAUAACCACAUCUACUGGGUAGAUUCUGGAACUGACACUAUUUCUCUUGCUACUUUAGAUGGAACUCUGCGACAGACCAUUAUCUCCACUAGUCUAGACCAACCCAAUGAUAUUGUUGUAGACCCAGAAGCAGGUUAUAUUUACUGGACUGCAUAUGCCAAGAUUGAAAAAGCUCAGUUGGAUGGCAGUGAGCGGCAAAUCAUUGUGAGCAAGAAUGUCAUCUGGCCCACUGGUAUUGCUGUUGAUCAGCCUGCCAAAAGAAUCUAUUGGGCAGAUCCUAAAGCUUUGCGAGUUGAAUCUGCUGAUUUAGAUGGAAGGCAUCGGCAUUUGGUGAAAGCAUUCACAAUAGAGGAUGAAAAGCCUUAUAAAAUUGAUGUUUUUGAGGAUUAUAUAUAUAUGACUACAACUCCUAGCAAUGCUGUUGUCCGACUAGAUAAAUUUGGAAAUGGAAACUUGACUUACCUUGUGUAUGGUUUAAAUAAAGCUAAUGACAUAGUUCUUGUGCAAGAAAAUCGACAAAUGAAUUUCAGCACUCCUUGCUUAUCUAACAUCAAUAUGUGUGGACCAGAUUCAUUGUGUGUGGCUAAAAAUCAAUCUUUUGCUAUAUGUUUGUGUUCAGAAACAGUAGACCAUGAGACCAAUGGUAAUACAGAAUGUAUUGUUCCAGUUCCAAAACAUCCUGUUCCUCCAGAACCAAUUUGCCCAUUAACAUGCUUCAAUGGUGGUACUUGCUCCUUGGACGAAAACAAGCACCCUUUCUGCAACUGCAAGCCCGAAUAUGACGGUUCUGUUUGUGAAAUUAAUCGAUGUGCAAAUUAUUGUAAAAACUCUGGAUUUUGCUAUGCUGAUGUGUCCAAAAACAGUGCCCAUUAUCAGAAACCACCUCUCAAGUGCAACUGCACUUCGCUCUGGACUGGUGACCGAUGUGAAAAAGCAUCCCAAACUUGUAAUGACUACUGCUACAAUAGCGCUACCUGCUACUAUGAGGAUGGACAACGCUAUUGUACUUGCCCCCGAGAUUUCUUUGGUGCCCGAUGUGAGAAAUGCAGAGUCUUAGAAUGUAAAAAUGAGGGCAUCUGUAAAAUGGAUUCUCAGGGCAAGUUCUACUGUGAGUGUCCCCCCGGAAACCAUGGACUUCUUUGUGAACUAUCUAAAUGUGAUGGUUACUGUCAGCAUGGCAACUGUACGAUGAUCAAUGGAAAUCCUGUAUGCCAUUGUUUGCCUGGCUACUCUGGCAAGCAGUGUGAGCAAGAUAUGUGUGAUUUACUCUGUCUAAAUGGAGGUACCUGCAAAAGAGGGUCCAAGAAGCCUUACUGCCAGUGUCCUCAAGGCUACAAAGGAAGGCGUUGUGAACUGGAUCAUUGUGGGUGUCUUCAUGGUGCAACUUGUGUCUCGAGGAAAUCAGAAGACGGAAUCAACUAUUCCUGCCGCUGCCCUCCUCAGUACUCAGGCACCCACUGUGAAACUUACAAUCCAAUGUCUUGUAGGGAUGUCAUCUGCAAGAAUGGUGGGACAUGUCUCAUGUCCAAAGGAAUUCCUAUUUGCAACUGUCCACCUCAUUGGGUAGGACCAGUUUGUGAAAUGAAAUCAGACAACUGGAAUCAGUGCUUGGGCUAUUGUCUGCAUGGUGGUGUUUGUACUUUACCUCUUAAUGGAGUUGGAUCUCCCAUGUGCACAUGUGCUCGUGGCCGAGCAGGAAAACGAUGUGAAAUUAGCACUUCUUGUAACAAUUAUUGCUUCAAUUCUGCAACAUGCAUUCCAGCUGUGAAUGAUGAUGAAAAACCUACAUGCCUCUGCCCCAAAGGUUUUGUUGGAUCCAGAUGUGAAACCAGUCAACCUCUUUCUCUGCCAAAAUCUGAUGAAGAAUCAUCAUUCCCCACUGAAAUGAUUGCUGCUAUUGGUAUACCUGUAUUGACAGUUUUGUUACUAGGAAUUCUUGUCUCAUUUGCAAUAAUUAUCUACUGUAGAAGAAAAAGGGGUCUGCCCUUUAUGCAUGUCCGUAUGCAAGAUUCAGCCAAUGUCGAAAUUAACAAUCCCAUGUACCUCAAAGAAGAUUAUGACUAUGAAGCUAGUGAAGCUCUCAAUGCAUCAAUAUCACAAGAAGUAGAUGAAGCAACAAAUUUCACAAAUCCUGUGUAUGAUUCUCUGUACCCAGUGGGUUCUACAUCAAGUGAAGAAAAGAAAGGACUUUUACAGGGAGAUAGUGUGAAUGUUGAAUUCCGUGAUGGUCGUGGGACUGGAUUGUCUCGUGUAGGUCAAGGUUCUGUCAAUGAAGGUGACCACCCACUUGCAUGAAUAAGGGAUAAACUAUAAAAUCUCACCUUCCAUCCAAUGUGUCUUUGAGGCUACAUUUCAUUUGAAACUUUUUCCACGCUCCUACCCUGACGAGUGGGACACUUUUAUGUUUUAGUACCUGCUUGUUGUUGAGAUUUGUUUAAUUUUAUAGAUUCUACUUUUUUCGUGGUUGUUGCCAAAUUCUCGUUUGCUCAAGGCUGAAAGAAACCGGAAACAAUCUCUCUCCCCUCAACUGUGUUAAGUCUUGUUAGUUAAGUUUAUGGAUUAUUUUUGUUAGUUUGUGUCAAUAUUAUUUGAGCAGAGUUUAUAUGAGCCAUGGAUUUGAGAGGAAUAUAUUUUAUUAAUUGAAUCUUCUUAACUUUAGAACAAUUGAUUUUAUAUUGAAUAUGUAUAGUGUGAAUUUCUUUUUUUUUUUUAAUUUCAUAGGAUUUUUUCCCUCCUUCACAUGAAGCUUAUGAUGUGUUUUAUUGAUCUUUCAUUAAAAAUUUUCGUUUUCUUUUAUGAGCAUUUGCUGUUUUUAAUGAAAUAUUUUUAGGAUCAAUUUCAUAUGAAUUUAAUUAAGUUUUCAGUUGAUAAAUCCUACCAUAUUUAAAAAAUAGAUUCUCUUCUUGUUAGAAAUGUAUCCUAUAUUGUUUCCGGUGGGGGGCUAUUAAUUUAGUUUAAUUGAGCUUAUGUGUGUUCUCAGAAUAACUGAUAUGAAAUCUUGGAAAUUUCUUCUUAAUUUUUUAAAGUAUCUUAUGAACUUCAUGUGUAGGAAAUAAAGUUGUUUUUAUUCAUAAUAUAAUAUUUUCCAUUAAUGUAAAAAAGAUUUUUGAGGACUGAAUCUCAACUGUCUAAGUUAGAAGAAAUUGACGGACACCACUGAGUGUUUUCUAAACUGUGGAUAUAUAUUGUGUGAGAUACUACUGUUUUUAACUUUUUUAAAAACUUAUGUUUCUGCCAAAUAUUUAUUUGUUGCGGUUGUGAGCCAUAUUUUGUACAAAAUAGGCAGCUUAAUUCUUUUUAUCAUUAUUAUUGCUUUUCUUAUAUAUUUAAUAUGUUCCUCUUAAUAUUGCCAAUGACAAUUAAUCAGCUGUUUUUUGUGUGUUCUCUUUAGCUUGUUUGCAGAAAGAAAUGGUUUUUUAACUUACAGCAUUUCUCAAACUUUAUAAUUUUUGUUGUGUUGAUUCAAAACCAAAAUAUAUAACUUUUAAUAUCUUGCAAUGUAUUUUAAUCUGUAUGGCGUGUUACAUGCCUAAUGCAUUCAUUGUGAGAUAAACUCUUAUCAGUUGUAUGUUAAAACAAACCAGUUUAAAAUAGCUCUUUCUUAAAAAAAAUAAUACUAAUAAUAAUCCAUGAUUCCUUAAUAUAUUUACUAAUUUAAUACAAAAUUUGAACUCUCCCAUCAUUAUUGAAAAGAAAAUGUUCAAUCUUCUGGCUUCUCAGAACUAAUUAAAAUAUUUUUUAAAAAAAAAACUAGUUUAAUCAAGGGCCCUCUUAUUUUUAAUCUUACUAAGUUCUUUUGCCAUAUACGUUUUGAAUAUUUUAGAUGAUUUUUAAUAAAAUAUAUUAAAUAAUAAAUAUAUUUAAUAAAAUAUAUUAUUUAUCAUAUAUUAAGGGGAGCCAUCAUCUCUCUCUCUCUUAUCCUGUGUAAUUCUGGUGUGGUGUGGAAGUUUGGAGAGAGGGAUGCAAAGUUAGGUGUCGUCAUCUGACCUUGGUUCAAAAUUAUGAGAUCCUUUCCAAAAUUUCCCCAAUGUUGCUUUAGAACGGGACGUUAAUGUAACUAAACUGAAUUAUCCUGUACAGUUAAAAGGCAUUAAAGUUUAAAUAAUUUCAAAGCAAUGUUCGCUUUCCUGAUAAUUGCCAUAUUUUCUUAAUAAUGCAACUUGCGAGAACAUGAGAUAUCUCUUAAGAACUUAUGUAUUGUUGCACAUUUGUGUAGGUAAUAAAAUCUAUAAAAAAUCACAUUGCUAUUAAAAAAAAAUAAUAGCUGUUUUUUGCUCGCUUGAGAAAAGACAUUCACUUUGAAAUGUUUUUCAUCAUUAAGUUUGAGAAAUGCUGACAAAGCGGAUAAAAAUUCAAUGCCAUUUAAUAUAUGUCGUGUGGCAGUUUCUGUCAUUGCAUUUCAGUGAUGCUAUUUUAAGAGAAAGUGUAAUUUUAUCACUGCAUUUUGAUAACCGAGCCAGAAACUGUGCUGCAUGUUUGAUGUCUAAGUGCCAAAUUGUACACAAAUACUUGCGUUGUCUGUAUCAGUAGGGUCUUGUAGAUUUGUAAGCAUUCGGAGGACCUAUCUGAAAGAAUUUAAGUAGUAUUUUUUGAUGUGAAUACAAGAAUGGAAACAAUCUCAUAUAUACAAUAUAAAACCUGUAAAAUAUUACUUUAUAUUCUAGAUUUGAAUUGUUUAUAAUUUAGAACAAAUUGAUGGUAUUCUCAUGUUUCUAUGUGCUGCAUGCAAAAAAAAAAAAAAAGUUUUUAUUAGUUUUGGUUGUGAUGGAUAGAUGUUUCCUAGAAAAAUAUUUUUUAGAAAAGAAUCAUUUUUGUAUUUUUUAAAUGUUUGAAAAAAGUAUCUAAUAUUUACUUUUUAGGUUUGAAUGUUUAUUUCAUCUUAUCAUUGUUAUCUUUUUAAUGUGUGAUGUAUUCUGUUACAACUAACAAUGUAAUUAUAAGCAACUGUUUUGAUUCCUAUUGCUUGUUUUUAAUGAAUGGAAGUGGUUUUUAACAAUUUCAGAUUAGAAACUAAAAUUUUAUUUUUAAGAAUGAAUUUGUUUUAAGGGAACUUUAGUUCUGAGUGUAUUUUGAUCUGAAACAUGGACUAGUCUUUUCAGGGUACUAAGGAUGCUAAAUCAAAUGUGAGUGAUUGAGAUUGAUUUUUUCUUUGGUAACUAAUCAGCAAAAAUUCCAUGUCAAUAUGGUUUUUAAGAUAUUGCAUGAAACAUGUUCUCCUUGAGAGCUUAUUUGAUUUUAUUGUUAUUUUUUUAUAUAUCUCAAAUUUCAAUGUGUUUAUUUCACCUGCUUGUGUUUUAUAUGUUGAAUUUAAAAUUUUUGAAAAGGAAAAUUUAAAAUCAGCAAUUGUGUAAAUAAUUACUGAUUCUAAUUUUUUUAUGAGUAAAAUUACUUAAUUUUUUUUUUUCAUUCUGUUUGUUUCUCGGUGCUUUAUUUAUAUAUAUAUUUGUAUAUGUUAACAACAUCUCAUCUUAUGAUUUUUUUUAUUUUGUUGAUGUUUAAAUUAACCUGCUAAAUUUCUAAGAUUUGCUUUGAAAUAUGGAAAUUCUUCACCAAAUGGACUCUACUUAUGAUUCGCUGUAAUGUGUCCACUACAAUUUAUUUGUUUUGAAUUAAUUCUAAUAGACAUUAAAAAUUUGGAAUUAUUUGAAAAUUAUUAAAAAUUAAAUUUAAUGAGGCUUUAAAGCCCUAUUAAAUUUUUACUAUUCCGUAACAUCUAAUAAGUGCUUUGGAAAAAAAGUGCUCCUCACAAACCAUAUUGCCAUUUUUUUAUUGUUAUUUGUUUUUGCUUUGAUUGAUUAAUACUUGAAAAUUAAUGAAAUUUCUUUAUUUUUGUUAAUUAUAUAUAUAUAUAUGUAUGUGUGUGUCCUCAAUAAGGUAAAUUAAAAUUUGCUUGACUGCUGAAUUGGACUAUUGAAAACUAAUAUUUUAUUAUUACGAUGCAGAAAAAAUACUUAAUACUUUCUAUACAUAUUUUUAAAAAACAAACAAACUUAUUAAAUGUUGAAUAAUGCAUAUGUAAUAUACACAAAAAAAAAAUCAGAAGCCUUUAAAACAGAAGGGAAAUUUGGAAUCUACUUAAUUUUGCAUGCAGCUUAUCAUAUUGUGCAGUCCAUAUACAUGAAUAGUAGGUCUUGUUCUGUUUCACAAAGCAUAUUUACUGAUGCUUGUGUUGUAAAUGUGUACCCAUAUGUGAUUGGUUGUAUAUAGAUGAUUUCUUUAUAUGUUAUUAUUUUUGUGACCUGCAGCUAUUCCUAGUCUUCCACCUGAUUAGUUGCUCUUCCUUUUGGAUGACUACCUGUUGAUUACCACAUUAAAUGUAAAUAAUACUAUAUGUUGAAAAUAAUUAUUAUACUAGCGAUUCUUAACCAAUAUAUGACGGAUGUAAAAAUUACAUUAUAACUUCUUGUUGGAUUAAGCUCUUUAUAUCUCAAUUUUUGUAAUACCAUAAUGAAUUUCUGUUUUUAUUGGGGUUUUCUUUUUAAUUUCCAUAUUCAGAUUUAAUUCUCGUAUUUUCAGAAUAGUUGUAUCUAUUAAAUAUCUUGUAUAUGGGCUGGCAAAAUAACAAUCAAAUCAUGCAAUAAUCAUCAAAUAAUAAUCAUGUAAUAUCUUUAUAAGUAAUUUUCUUGAUGAAAGUUUUUUUAAUUAUUUUUGAUUCUCAACUUUUAUCUCUGAUUAACUAGUUUGUUCUGCAAUAAUAAUAAUAAAAAAUAUCCAAGUUGAAAAUUUGUAACAUUGUUAAUUUUAACCAAAUUAAUUUCUAUUUGACAUGUUUGUUUUAUUUUUCUUCUUUCUAAAUAUAACUCAUCUGUCAAAAAUUUUGGUAUUCAUUUGUUUCUUUUUUUUUUAAUACAUUAAAUGGACUAAAUUUCUCAAUGUAUUCUUUUGGAAAUAAUAAUCAUAUGUUGGAUCAAGAAAUCGCUCUGUUAGAUCUUUUUUAUAAAGGGCAUUUAAGAAGAAUUCUGAUUAUAUUUGAAUGUUUGUUAUUUUAGUGUGUAACAUUUUGCAAAUAAGAUUUAAUUUAGAGUAUUUAUAAUAAUCAUAAUUUAAGUUAAUUAAGAGUCAUGAAAUUUCAUGAAAAUGCAAAUUUUUCAUAGAAGUAUUAUAAUACAGUAUUAACUGCAUGAUAUCAAGAAUAAUAAUCAGUCUUCCUUCAGUCCUAAUGCAAAUAAAUCAGUCUUCCUUCACCUAAGCAAUAAUCUUGAAUACUUGUUUUAAAAUGUAAUGCCAGAAACAAAAGAAAAUGUAAAGGUUUCACUUGAUAUGAAAAAUAACCUAAAUUUUCAAUGUAUGUUAAGAAUCGCUAGUCUCUUGGAUUCAGUACAUUUUUACGUCAUUGUACUUCAUUGAGUACUUCCAUUUUUAAUACAUCCUUUCCAAGUACAUUUUACUAUAAAUGAAUAACAAAUUUUCAAUAUCCUCUCCAAUGCUCAUGAUUACCAUGGUUGAUGUUUUCCCUGUGCCAUAGCUGUUCAAUUGUUGAUAUAAGGUGUCUUCUUUUCAUGAAAACUUACUGCAACCAGGUGUAAUUUCUCUUCUUGGGUCACAGGGUAAUUCAUGCAGAAAUAAGUUGGUUUGAUUUACUUUUUCCUGAGACUUGAUUUGUACUCAAAUGUUGAUUAAAAUGUUGUAUAUUCUGUGUGUAGAAAAAAAAUUGCAUUAGUUGUGAACACAUGUACAUUAUGAAAAGCAUUUGUCAGUGAUAUAUAAAGAUCUGUUCUGCUUGUCA